AUGGAUUUGAUGUUCCCUCUGAAACCCCACGGUGUUAUUCUCAAAGCACCACUCUGUUCUUCUCUAUUGUUCCCUAUUCCUCUCAGGUUUCGUGCUGUCACGGCUUUCAGGCAUGCCAAUAUUCAAUGCGAACUUGAAGGUCGAAACAAUGGUGCUCUCUCCGGUGACUUCGACCCUCGCUUCAUUGACAGGCAAAAAGCACUGGAAGCAGCAAUGAAUGAUAUAAACAACUCCUUUGGAAAGGGUAGUGUUACAAGACUGGGCAGUGCUGGUGGAGCUUUGGUUGAAACUUUUCCCAGUGGUUGUUUGACAUUGGACUGUGCGUUAGGUGGUGGUCUUCCUAAAGGAAGAAUUGUAGAGAUAUUUGGACAAGAAAGUAGUGGAAAAACCACCCUAGCUCUUCAUGCUAUUGCAGAAGUUCAGAAGUUAGGAGGCAAUGCGAUGCUUGUGGAUGCAGAGCAUGCAUUUGAUCCUGCAUAUUCUAAAGCAUUAGGAGUGGAUGUGGAAAAUUUAAUUGUAUGCCAACCUGAUCAUGGAGAGAUGGCUCUUGAGAUUGCAGACCGGAUGUGUAGAUCUGGUGCCAUAGAUCUCAUUUGUGUGGAUUCUGUCUCAGCUCUCACUCCACGAGCUGAAAUUGAAGGGGAGAUUGGAAUGCAACAAAUUGGAUUGCAAGCCCGUCUUAUGAGCCAAGCUUUGCGGAAGAUGUCUGGAAAUGCAUCUAAAGCUGGUUGUACUCUUAUAUUUUUGAAUCAAAUAAGAUAUAAGAUUGGUGUCUAUUAUGGAAAUCCAGAAGUGACCAGUGGUGGAAUUGCGUUGAAGUUCUUUGCAUCACUUCGGCUAGAAGUUCGUCCUAUAGGGAAGAUAAAGUCUGCUAAAGGAGAUGAAGAAAUUGGCCUUAAAGUUCGUUUAAGAGUACAAAAGAGUAAGGUAUCAAGGCCAUACAAACUAGCUGAAUUUGAAAUUAUAUUUGGAGAGGGAAUCAGUAAGCUGGGAUGCAUUUUGGAUUGUGCAGAAAUGAUGGAUAUUGUCUCAAAGAAAGGCUCUUGGUACAGCUAUGGAGACCAUCGGUUGGGACAGGGAAGGGACAAAGCAAUACAGUACUUAAAGGAGAAUACAUAUCUUUUAGAAGAAAUUGAAAAGGCAGUUCGGUCUUCAUUGGUUGAUGGAACUAACCAAACAAGCCUUGCACACAUGAAGAACAGUCCUGUGCUACAUCAAGAUGAAGAUAUAUUUGAGGAAAGUCAAUGA